AUAGAGGGUUGCCAGAGAACUGAUGUUUCAAAGGAAAAGAAGCAUGCUGCUAACAAGGCUAUAUUGGUUGAGAUGUUUUUGUUUGCUCUUCUAUCCUCCACCAUUUAUAUACUUAAUGCUGAUUGGGGAUGUAGUUUUUGCUUCAGCUCUUCACAUACUUGGUCAGCGUGGCAUACAGUCAUUCUUGGUGUUGCUUCUGCCCUAUGCAAUUGUAUCGCUCAUGGGAGAAGGCUUUUUUCCAACCUCGGAAGCUUUAAUGCGUACUGCAGUCGUGGAGGACUCUGCCCAUAUCAAUGACAAUCUAGACUGUCAAAAUAAGGAAAAUAGCCGUCCAAUGCUUGAGUAAUCCUUCUAUUACUAGAUCUACCUUCCCUGCUAGUCAGAAGAGCUUCCACCAGGGGCGAAAUCUAUGUUGUCCUCCAGAAUCUUCUGUGCAAUUAAGGUGUAUUUGUACAUGCUUUCCAGUUCUGAAGGUAAAGAAAUUUCUUAUUGCCUUUUCCAUCUAUCACCAUAGCAUCAGGAGGAUGUCUGCCUUUUACCCAAGUUCCUGUCGAGUACCUGAAAAUGAUUAGAAGGCCAUUUUGUUGUUCAGAGUAUGGAGCAUUCAAGCUUGGUAGUCUCUACAAGAAGAUGAAUGAUUGCUAUGGUAACUGAUGGAAAAGGCAAUAAGAAAUUGGUCCACCUGUG